AUGGAAGACGCCAAUUCGGGCAUUGGCCAACAAGAUACGAAUAACUCAUCUUCCGGAUCAAGCAAGAAGCGGACCCACCCUGAAGACUUCAAGCGCGCAUACAAGGCUUGCAUCAAUUGCCGGCAACGCAAGGCAAAAUGUAUCCUGGGUACGGGACCGGAUGGUGGUGAGCUAAAGCCGCCAUGUCAAAGAUGCAAGCGCGAGAUGCGCGAGUGUGUCUUUCGGUCUGAGAGGAGUUGGGUUAAGAGGCGGAAACCUGGGGAGGCGGCGAGGGAGGGUGAGGACGAGGAUGAGGCUGCUACCAAUGGUGGUGGUGGUGGUAUUCGCGAUCGCCCCCAGUCCAAUCCCGCGCCAGAUGUGCAACCGCUACCGUCGCCAGGUCAUAGAUCGUCUAUAUCGACGCAUGGGUUUACGUCGGGUACUAGUCCACAUGUUAAUGUUGUGAAUCGUCCUGAGUUCCAAUCUCCACAUGGACACCUACGCAGGAUCUCGUCGUCUCACGGCCAGCCAGAUCUUGCGCAUUCGGUCAUGAGGACCGUGGUGUCGAGUGGGAGCGAUGCAUUGAAUUUGCUGUUUGAAGCCGCGCAUCAUCGCGAUGCCAUCGACAAUCAAGAACAGUCGGGAUCGCAAGCAUAUGAAACUCCAAGGUCAGGUCCAUCAGGCUACGACAAUGGUGUUCCGUCAUCGCCAUUCCAUACCUUCAGAGCACAGCCAGUGCAAAUGUCGACGCCAUCACCAGAGACGCUGAAGAUAUGGACGUCGUGUCGAUUCGUGCAGAUGGGCUGGUUCUCUGCCCACGAGGCGGUUACAUAUGUUGAUUUGUUUUUCAAGAAUUGCUCGCCGUUGUCACCGAUACUGGGGGAGUUUUAUGCGCAUCACGAGAAUCAUUAUACGCUGAUUGCGCUGGACCCGUUCCUGUGUACUACUAUACUUAUGAUUUCGUCUAGGUAUAACAUCCUUCCUGGUGUAGGCGGCGCGUCAAGAGGUUACUUCGUGCAUGACAGGCUUUGGGAGCAAUGCCAACGCUUUAUCAUGAAGAUUAUGCUCGGUCAGGUCAAGCCUUCCAAAGCGCAGAGUCGGACCAUCGGGUCUAUAGAAGCUCUGCUGCUGCUAUCGGAGUGGCAUCCUCGCGCGCUGCAUUUCCCUACUGCCGCUGAUGGCUGGGAUUGCGAGCUCAUGAUUGGCGCGAACAACACCACAGAAGAAGGCGCGAAGCUGUUAGAAGGAGACGUAACAUCCAAUCGAUGGCUCGAGGAUGUUAUCGAGCCCGCAAAACGCUCCGAUCGCAUGUCAUGGAUGUUGAUGGGUUGCGCGCUGUCAUUAGCACAAGAGCUGGGUCUGUUCGAAGACAACGCACGGAUAGACAAAGAUCAAGUGUCUUAUCCGAAAUUCACCACCGAAUACCUCAUCCUACGAAGAAUUCGAGCUCGAAAGCUCUUGUACGUUCUUCUCGAACAACUCUCAUGGAGGUUAGGUUGCACAUCGAUGAUCCCGCAGAGCCUCAACCAUGCUCUGAUGGAGAAGAUUCCCGUUGACUCCGCUACGGGGGCAGUAGAACAAUGGCAGUCCUUUAUGAGCGCUUGGGUAGAGCUCACUAAGCUUGCACGAUCAAUUUCCGACACCAUCUACCCGAACACAUCCACGACACGAAGUUUGUUACGUACCGGCCGAUACAUAGGAUUGCUCGAGCACUUCCAACCACUACUGGUCUCGUGGAGAAAGAAGUAUCUCGACCCCUGCAAGCUCAAAGUCGGUCUUCACGACAUGCUCCACAUCGAAUAUCAAUACGUCCGCAUCUACACAAACUCCCUCGGCAUGCAAGCCGUCGUCGAACGCACGCUCGCAGAAACUGAUCCAGACGUCCCUCAAGAAGACAAUCUUCCUUUCAACCUCGAACCGCGAGACUAUGACUUCAUCCAAGAGGUCGUCGAUGGAAGUUGUCAAAUUCUAGAAAAAGUAUGCCAAUUGAGUGAGACUGGUGCGCUGCGCUACUCGCCCGUUAGGAUCUUCUUGAGGAUAACUACGAGUUCAAUCUACUUAAUCAAAGGGUUAAGCCUGGGCAGUAGGAAUGCAAAAUUGCAGAGUUGUUUGGAUAUUUUGGAUGCCGCUAUACGAGCUCUUCGCGCAAGUACACUCGACGACAUGCACCUAGCCUCCCGCUACGCAACCCUCCUCGACCUGCACGUCGCCCGCCUCCGCGAAUCCUUUGUCGUCUCGUCCCGACCACCUCGCCUCCCCUCACGCGCCACAUCAACCUCCCACAACACCACGAAUCCCACCUCUCACACCUCAUCCGCCUCGGCAACAGAAGGCAUGGCAUUCCUGAACAACCACAACGCAGGCCAAUCUAGUUUGUCAAGUCUAGCGGAAAAUGUAACGGGGCUUAUGCCUGAUAUGCCGGAUGAUGACUGGUUGGCGCUGCCUUUUGAUCCGGCAAUGGCACCGUUUGGUUUGGAUGGGAAUGGGGGGCUGCAAAAUGGACUUCAGGGUUUUGAUGAUGGAACGUUGGAUUUUAUUUGGAAUUUGCCUAUGUAA